AUGAACACAGGACAACAAUCAGCGAAACUUUUUCAUACCGAACGAACUCAUGUGCGAAAUUUGAAGAUUUUAUUACGGGUAUUCUAUAAGCCUAUGCUGAUGAAUAAUGUUGUAUCACCGGACGUUGUGCAUUUAUUAUUUGCAAAUUUGGAUCAAUUGCUAGAAAUUCAUACGGAUAUGUCAAAUCGAAUGCGGCAGGCAGUUGAACAGUGGCGACGUGAUCCAAAUCUCAAUGGACUUUACGGCAACAUUGGCGAGCUUAUGGAGAAGAUGUUCGAGGGUGAAGCCGGUGAAAAGUUUAUGCAAGUCACGUCAACCUUCUGCCAACAUCAACAACAUGCACUCGAAAUGCUCAGAACAAGGUGUAAAAAGGACAAAGAGGAUGCGUUGGUGCGAUUUCUAGCCGAUGCUGAGGCGAAUGCUCUCUGCAGGAAGUUACAGCUGAAGGAUAUGAUACCAGUAGAAAUGCAACGACUCGUGAAAUAUCCGCUCCUACUCGAAACUAUCGCCAAAUACACCAAUGAGCCCAGCGAGGAACAAGAUCGACUUUUACGUACGGUAGUGUCGGCGAAACGAAUACUGAGCGCUGUGAACACCGCAAAACGUAACGCCGAGAAUCUGCGACGCUUGGAAGAGCUUCAGCGUCGGAUGGACACUACACCGUUCGACAAAGAAUUCAGCGGGCAUGACUACGCUUAUCUCAACCUCACAAAGUAA